CCCUCUUAGUGAGAAAAGUUUGUCGCGCGAUACGUGGAGUCGCGAUCGAGGAAGUCACGUCAAGGCACGCGGUCUGUGUGCGGCUUCAGAAAUUGUCGGCUCGCGUCUGCCACGUUGCAGUUAUUUGUUAAACAUACGACGUUGUUAAUUAAGCCCGUUUCUCGGAUAUUACACGUUCGGAUUAGUUUCUAUGUCCGCGCUGUACAUCCGUUAGUUGUGCUGCGUAUGUGGAUUGAGCUGCAAUCAUGAGUCGUUUCUUCGCAACUGGCUCAGAUUCGGAGUCCGAUAGCGCGUCCGAGGAGGAGCAGGUGCAAAGGGCGCCCGCGACGGCAUUCACCUUCAGCGACGAUGAGGAGGAAACGAAGCGCGUCGUGCGCUCCACGAAGGAGAAGCGUUAUGAGGAGAUUGCGAAUCUUAUAAAACUCAUUAGGAAUUACAAGAAGAUCAAGGACAUGAGCAGCAUGUUGACCAGCUUCGAGGACUUGAUGCGGGCCUAUCAGAAAGCCCUGCCCGUGAUCACCAAGGAGGAGCUUGGACAAACGCCGCGAUUUUACGUUAGAUGCUUGGUGGAAAUGGAGGAUUUCAUUAACGAGGUGUGGGAGGAUCGCGACGGGCGCAAGAACAUGUCCAAGAACAAUUCCAAGUCGCUUUCGACCCUGCGUCAGAAGCUGCGAAAGUAUAACAAGGACUUUGAAGAGGACAUUGGCAAGUUUCGGGAGAAUCCCGAUCAGGACGAUGACGAGGAGGAGGAGAAAGCCGAGGAGGUGAUAGAAUCCGAAGAGGAAGAUGACAGCGCCGUGGCUUUCAAGAAGGCGGGCUCGGAAGCGAGUGAACCCGAUGUAUCCAAGUUCAAGAAGACCGUAACCGACGGCGAGGAGGGCAGUGAAAGCGAGUCUGACUGGGGCAGUGAUUCGGACAGCGAGAGCACGAGUAGCGACGACGAGGGCCAAUAUCAAAACAUUCGUGAGCGUUUCAUCAAGAAGGCUUCAACUCAAGAAGAGGACGAGGACAAGGCGAAGAGGAAGGAGCAGAAGAAGGAGCGCAAGGAGAAGGAGCGAAAGAAGAAACGCGACGAGGACGAUGGCGAGGGCGAGUGGGAAACCGUCAAGGGCGGCGUGGCCAUUCCCUCCGAGAAGCCCAAGAUGUUCGCCAAGGACGCGGAGAUUAACAUCGGCGCGGUGCUGAAGAAGCUCUCCGAGAUAAUCGCGGCUCGCGGUAAAAAGCGCACGGACAGACGCGAGCAGAUAGAACUGUUGCACGAGCUGCAACUGAUAGCCGACGCGCAUAAUCUCGGCUCGGCUGUAGCCGUGAAGAUCAAGUUCUCCAUCGUCUCUUCCAUAUUCGAUUACAAUCCGAAGGUCUCUGACGCUAUGAAGCCGGAAUAUUGGUCCAAAAUAAUCGAGCGCAUUACCGAGAUGCUGGAUAUGCUGCUGAUCAAUUUGGAUAUGGUAAUAGCGGAAACGAUAGUGGAAGAAACGGAGGAGUUUGAAACGUCUCCGUACAAAAUACACGGUUGUGUAUUGACAUUGGUGGAACGUCUCGACGAAGAAUUCACGAAGCUGCUGAAGGAGUGCGAUCCCCACAGCAACGAAUACGUGGAAAGAUUGAAAGAUGAGAAGCAAGUUGCCGCCAUAAUUGACAAGGUGCAAGAAUAUUUGGAGAGGCACGGAACUGUCUCCGAGUUGUGCCGCGUGUACCUUCGUAAAAUCGAGCACUUGUAUUACAAAUUCGAUUCGAAUGUUCUGAAACAAAAGGAGGGUGAACUGGGAUCAGAUGCCAUCACAUCCGUGCAAGUUAUGGAGAAGCUAUGCAAGUACGUUUACGCCCACGACAACACUGAUCGGCUGAGAACUCGCGCGAUUCUUUCGCACAUUUAUCACCACGCUCUCCACGACAACUGGUUCCAAGCGCGCGACUUGAUCCUGAUGUCGCAUCUCCAGGAGACCAUUCAGCAUUCCGAUCCAGCCACGCAGAUUUUGUACAAUCGUACGAUAGCCCAUCUGGGAUUGUGUGCAUUCCGUCAUGCGAAUAUCAAAGACGCCCACAAUUGCUUGGUCGAUUUGAUGGUGACGGGCAAGGUGAAGGAACUUCUGGCGCAGGGUCUGCUGCCGCAACGGCAACACGAGCGCAGCAAGGAGCAGGAGAAGAUCGAGAAGCAGCGGCAAAUGCCUUUCCACAUGCACAUUAAUCUCGAACUUUUGGAAUGCGUAUACCUCGUUUCGGCGAUGCUCAUCGAAAUUCCGUAUAUGGCUGCGCACGAGUUCGACGCGAGACGAAGAAUGAUCUCGAAGACGUUCUACCAACAACUGCGAUCCAGCGAACGUCAGUCGUUGGUCGGGCCUCCGGAAUCUAUGCGGGAGCACGUUGUUGCUGCCGCGAAGGCGAUGCGUAACGGAAAUUGGUCAGCUUGCAACAAUUAUAUUAUAAAUGAAAAGAUGAACGCAAAGGUGUGGGAUCUGUUCCAUCAAGCGGACAAAGUGCGAGCCAUGCUGACACGACUAAUCAAGGAGGAGGCAUUGAGGACUUAUCUGUUCACGUACUCGCAUGUGUACGAUUCGAUCUCGAUGCCAAAGCUCGCCGACAUGUUCCAGCUGAAGCGGCCCAUAGUCCACUCGAUUAUCAGUAAAAUGAUAAUUAACGAGGAACUUAUGGCAUCUUUGGACGACCCAACUGGAACUGUAGUUAUGCACCGAAGCGAACCGAGCCGCCUUCAAUCAUUAGCUCUGCAAUUGACGGACAAAGUCAACAAUUUUGUAGAUUCGAACGAGCGUAUCUUCGAAAUGAAGCAAGGUAACUUCUUCUCGAGAGGAAACCAAGGCAAUUUCCGAGAUCGUCAAAAUUACAAUCGUCAAGGACAGGAUUGGGGCCGACAGAGGCGCGAUCGCGAUCGCGAUCGUGAUCGUAAUCGGGAGGAGAAUCGUAAUUAUUAAGUACACGGUAUAUAUAUACCAAUACGGCAUAACGAUAUAAUUGUACGGAAUAUAAUUGUUUUUUGUAUAUAAUUUCGUCGUUAUUAUUAAUGCUAUAAUGUUAUAAUGAUUAAAGUUUGACGAUAUCUCUAAUAAUGCUGUGCGAAAAACGAAACUACCCAGUUCACGUUUCGCACCGAAUUAUUAGAGAUAUUAUUAAACUUUAAUCAUUAUAAAAUUAUAGCUUUAAUAAUAGCGAUGACAUUAUUCUCAGUUUUACUUUUCGCACCGAAUUAUUAGAGAUAUCGUCAAACUUCAAUCAUUGUGACGUUUAAAUUGAAUAACACCGAUGACAUUAUAUAAAAAAAAAACAAAUACUGAUACAUUGCAAAAUUAUUUACAUUUUUGCUCCGCAAUAUUGUCGACGAUUAGGUAUUAUAUAUAAUUUAUAUAAAAUGAGUAUGUAUAA